AUGACUUCUGAAAAAGUUUGGAAGUCACCACGACUCAUUCCAUCAACCCGUUUCACUUUAGCUUUACUUGUUUCGUUUGCACUUUUUAUUCAAUAUGCACAACGUGUUAGUUUAGCUAUGGGUAUUGUUUGCAUGGUUAAUAGAACAAAUAUAAAUUCAAUAGCAAACAGAACAUUAUCUUCAUCUCAAAACGAUAAAAUCUCAAUAAAAACUUCAACAAAAUAUGGAUCUGACAUUUUCCAAGAAAAGCAAUUUUUUUUCACUGAAUUUCAACAACAAAUUUUACUCGGUGCUCAUUGGUUUGGAUAUCUUCUAACUCUAGCACCCGGUGGUUGGAUAUCAAUUACGUUCGGUGCUAGGCGAACAUUUGCUUUUGGUACUCUUGUGAGUUCAAUAGCUACCCUAGCAAUGGUCGCCAUUUAUUAUGUCGAUGAAAUGCAUUUUAUUCUUGCUGUUAUUUUUCGAGUCAUUGUAGGUCUAGGUCAUGGUCCACUAUUUCCAGCUACGUAUACGUUUUGGUCGAUGUGGGCCGUCCCUUUAGAGAGAAGUACUUUGACAUCGAUUGGAUUUUGUAGUACCAAUUUAGGCACAUCUAUAACGAUGUUAUUUAGCGGUCUCUUAUGUCGUUAUGUAAGUUCAGGAUGGAUUUAUAUCUUUUUUUUAACAAGUAUGUUGGGUUUUAUUUGGUUACCAUUAUGGUUAUGGUUAGUAGCUGAUUCACCUCAAUCUCAUCGAACUAUUAGUGAACAGGAACGAAAUUAUAUUUGUGAACGUAUCGGUAUUAACUCAAAUGAUAGAAAAACUCGGUCACCUUCAUUUUCUUCUUUGCCAUGGAAAAAAGUUUUCCGUUCGAAACCCCUUAUUGCAUUAGUCAUUGCUCAAGUUUGUAAUCUUUUUGGACUUUUCUUUUUCUAUACAAAUGCUGGUAAAUUAUUAACUGAAAUACAUCGUGUUCCUCCUCAAUACGCAGGAUAUGUCUUAGCUGUAGGAUUUAUUUUUAUGCCAGUAGUAAGUCUUUCAACCGGUAUUUUUGCUGACUAUCUUGUUCGAUCGAAUAUUAUGUCACUGACGAAUGUUCGCAAAAUAUUUACUUGUCUUGCAUCAUUCAUGAGCGCCGCGUGUAUGAUUAUGUUGUGUUUCUGUGAUCAUACGAGACAAGUACUUGGUAUUGCAGUUGUAUUCAUCUUUCUUGUUAGCUCGGCAACGGCUUAUGGUUCUGGAUAUGUUGUUAACUUUGCUGAUAUAGUUCCAGCUUAUUCCUCAAUUAUCUUUUCCAUAUCAAGUGCACUCGGAACGAUUGGUGCUCUUCUUGGUAAUCUUGUGGCUGGUAUUAUUAUAAAGAAGCCGGUGCUUGAAGAUUGGCGAAAACUUUUGCUACUAUUUGCAAUACUCUAUUUUAUUGGUGGUGCUGUUUAUUUUAUCUAUGGAUCAGCCGUGCCUCGAAAAUGGGCUACAUUUAAUUCGGAACCAACGAAAGAACUUGAAGAAGAUGAAGUUUUAACGCCACUACCAUCACAAGUAGAUUUACCCAAUGCUAUAAGAGAGACUGAAGUUACUUAA